GGUCAUGCAAAAACAAACGGCUCUGUCAUUGGAGAAAUUUGCUUAGUACUGAUCUACACCAAACUGCCAAACUUUGUCUAUCUCUGCCUUUUUCCAUCAUUAUUAAUUCUUUCAUUUUUUGUUUGAUUUUUUUUUUUUUUUGCUCAUCCUCCUAAAUAACCAUAUUAACUUCGUCCUCGUAGUCUUGGAUUUUUCACAUAGUUUUGUCCAAAAAAAAAAAAACACAUAUACUUUCAUCAAUGGCGCCCAAAAGUAGGAGCUACCAAAUUUCUGCAACCCCAGUUACAGUACUUGCUCAUUUGUUAGUCAUAGCAAUCACUACCCUUGUGCUCGUUUGGCUCCUACACUUCCGUGAGGGCUUCGCUUUCAAAUCCAUCAACAAGGAGAAGAUAUUCAAUCUGCAUCCUUUUUUUAUGAUAAUUGGGUUCAUACUCGUUGGAGGAGAAGCGAUCAUGGCAUACAAGUCGGUCCCAGGGCGAAGAAAGGCGCAGAAACUGGAGCAUAUCAUAUUUCAUUUGAUAGCUUUGCUGGCUGGGAUUUUGGGAAUAUAUGCAGUUUUCAAGUAUAAACAUGAAGCCGGCUUGUCGGAUAUGGUUACCCUGCAUUCUUGGCUUGGUAUUAUCACCAUCUCUUUGUAUGGUUUGCAGUAUUUACUUGGAUUCUUUACGUAUUUCUUUCCGGGCGCAGAAAUGUCAACAAGAGGAAACUUUCUACCAUGGCACGUAUUUGUAGGAAUUCUGAUAUUUGUUUUGGCAAUAUGCACCGCUGAAACAGGGCUGCUUCGAAGAUUCCUUUUCUUAGGCUUAGGGAAAAACCAAGAAGGACUUAUAGUCAAUUUCACUGGCCUCUUGCUUGUCCUGUUUGCUGUCAGUGUUACGCUUACUAUCCUCCUCCCAAGAGGUUUUAGGAAUUGAUAAGUAAGAGGCCAACAAGUCUCUUGAGUUUGUCAAUUGAGAGCUGAGCUAGUUGUAGUUCUUUUUUUUUUUUUUUUUUUUUUUUUUUUUUUUUAAAUUAGUAUUAUUACUAUUAUUGUUAGUAUUAUCAUUAUUAUUAUUAUUAUUAUUAUUAUUAUUAUAUGCUGAUGUUUGACAAGCUAGACAUAUAGACUUGGGAUUGUACUAUUUGGCCAAAAAAAGAUUGUAGGAUAGAAAAUUCACGAAUUUUGUAAGCUCAUUUUAAUAUCUUGGAACAAUUUUUCUCCAAUUACUA